AUGGAUCUCCUCGCGCAAUUACCCCUAGAGUGUUUCCAGUCCAUCCUCCAGACUCUUGCCCAUCAAGCCGACGUCUCCGCGUUGGCCACCCUCCUCCGCGUCAACAAGCACAUUGCAUCCAUCACGCUCCCCUACCUCUAUCGCGACCUCUUCCUAAGGUCCUUUCACCACUGGAAAACCAGCGAGGGUGACUCCGAUCCUCCAAGCUCUGUGGACCGUCUCCUUCGGAUGUUACUUUCGCACUACGUCACAGCAGCAUUAGUCGACGAUAACAGUAUCCCCAAGGUCGUGGCUCUCGCCCUCAACCUUACCGCCUACAGGAGCACAAUAGCAACUGCCCCCACCAGCCCACUGGACUAUGCUGCUCAGAUCCGCUGUAUCAACUUGCAGGACUGGGCAUUCCUAAACCAAUCCGUAUUUUACCUUUCAACCCUUCAGCCCGAUUUACAGGAGUACAUCGAUGGACCAGAGUUCACGGUCCUCUGUCCCUGGGACCAAUUUCUGCCUGAAUAUGAGCGGAACAAUGAUUCACCGAUCAUUCGCCAAGGAUUUCUUCGAGUUCUGCUUCGCCGGGAAUUGACCUGGACACUUGCUAACCCUAUCCUCGAGCAACUCCAGACUUUGGUCAUUCCUGUCUCCGAUAUUAAUCGUUACCUUGGCGUUCUUGACCGACUCGGGCGACUGGAGUGUGUUCGAUUUCUGGUGGACGAGGUUUAUUCCUGUGGCCCAGGGGGAGCUCUGAGAGUUACCGAGGAGUGGAGUGCCAAGGCGCAGGAACGCGAGAAAAAAUCCAUGGGUUCGUUGGUACGGUUUGUCGAGAGUCAUACGCAGUUGUUCAAGGGUCAACUCAAGAUCGCUACCUGCCACUCUAGUUCCAUUUGGAUGUGGGGUAAACAAACCUGCCCUGUGGAUGUCCAGCUCAAGUUUCUUCAGUUGCUGCCCCCGCUACACAGGCCUAAAACCCUCGAUGCCCGCAACGCGAUGCAGUUCGCAGUACACCCGCACACGACGGAUCUUGGACACGUCAAGGACAUUUCCCUGGCACUGCCUCCAGGGCCCUUACUCGAUCGACUUCGCGGCAUUCGACAGUUCUUGCAGCGUUGCCGAUCUGUGAAGCGUCUGCGCCUGACCUCGCUUGGGAAAGGCACCUUCAAGUGGGCGGUCGAGGAGAAGAGGAUGGCCAUGGAUGGCAUGGGCGGCAACACAAUCAUCAACGGCGGACAAGGACCACCAUCCCUGCUGGACAACGAUCGACCUGCCUGCCUGCUAUACGGUUUAGUAGCACCAGUGGACAUCUGGAUCAGGGACAUAAGGGACGGCACCACUGACGAGGUGGACGACAUUGCGGUCGCCUUCAGCCAGACACUGACGGACCUCAGAGUGACCUCUACGACGUUGUCUGCAAUGAGCAUACCACCUCCACUGGAUAUACCGCCUGCACUGGGUGUACCGCCUGCAGUUCAUUUCGGACGAGGAUGGGUCGAUAUGCCGGCCUUGGAUAGACUUGUAUUGGAUACCGGAAUUUCUCGGAUGAUGCUCGAUCGAGAGCUACUUGUGCAUUGUCCGAACUUGAGCUAUGCGUCGCUGGGUGACAGGACGUUCAACUAUCGGUGUCAGGAUAUCAUGCCAUGUCUCCCGGCGCGGCUCUGUCGACUGGUUACAUUACAACUUUAUGGAUGGAGCUCAUUGUCUUUUCACCCGGACACGUUUUAUUCGACCUCGGAGCUCCGUACACUGGAAGUGGCGAUGAGGCCACAUUUCCACUACGUCGACCUUCAAGACAUACAUUUUAUUCCGCCAAUCGAGGAGUUGAACCAGUCCUACAACAUCCACAAUGACAACAACGGCGACGAGUCCGGCGCUACAGGAUCGACGGCAACACCAGCUAUUUUGGAGGAGACCCCUCAGAUCACACGACCACGCUGGACAUGGGACUGGCAGCUGCCUCACCUCACACAGCUACGACUUUCGGGCGAGUUUGCGUAUCUUUUUGAGUUUCGGAUGUUGCGAGGAUGCCCGGCCUUGGAUACACUUCACCUAGAUAUGGCCACGACCGGUCGAAUGCACAGGCGGACACUCUCCAUGGCUGAUCUCGUUCCUCCAAGCAACGGCAACAACAGCAGCACCGACAGUAUCGGAGACCAAGGCGACGACGACGACGACUACUCUUCCUCCCAUCAGCAACCGCUACCACCCCUACCAACGACAACACCAGCAACAGCUGCACCAGGGCGCAUUAUUCUCCCAGUCCUCACGAAACUACAGCUGACCGGGAACUGGAUCAUCGAGGACGACAUUCUAUUCGAGCUCCUGGCAGUGACAUUCCCCAAAAUGGAGCAUCUCAGCUUGCAAGGGUCAACAUCUUUCGCUCUCAGGAGUCUGCUCGAUGUUGCCAGAGCCCUGCCCGUGCCCUGGAAGCUGCUCCAUGUGAUUCAGCCUGCGCCUCCAAGAGAUCAGUGGACAGAGUUGGGUCUGAGGGUUUCGACAGAGGCGAGUGAUGAGAGGCAGGUCCUUCCUAUGCAGCUGUUCUUUAAAGAGGGUCGGGUUUGUGAGUAUGUUGUUCUGCAGGAUCCUGGCGAGAGUGUUGUAGGUGCGAGUGAGGACGAAUAG